UAUCUAUAAUCAUAACUUUCUCUCUCUCUCUCACAAUCAAUCUCCAUUCACUCCGAUCUCAUCUCACUGUUUACCUUCUCCGGCGUCCGUCAUGGUUUUUUCCGGCAACCUUUUCCUACUAGCUCUCUCCCUAAUCAUCGCCGUCGCCGGAGCUCACAACAUCACGGCGAUUCUCGACGGUUUUCCUGAAUACAGCGAGUUCAACAGCUACCUAACUCAAACAAAACUCUGCGAUGAAAUCGCCAGUCGAAACACAAUAACUGUCUUGGUUCUCAACAAUGGAGAAAUGGAUACAUUAACAGCUAAACGUCCUCUUUCAGUAAUCAAAAAUCUUCUUAGUCUUCAUAUCAUACUCGAUUAUUACGAUGCUAAAAAGCUUCACAAGAUCGCUGACGGUACUGUUUCUGCUACUACACUUUAUCAAACUACUGGAAAUGCACCUGGAAACGUCGGAUUUGUUAACAUUACUGAUAUGAGAGGCGGUAGAGUUGGAUUUGGCUCCGGUGAAGGAUCGAAACUUGAUUCUACUUACACUAAGGAGGUGAAAACGUUUCCGUAUAAUCUCGCGGUCGUGGAAAUCAGUGCGCCGAUCAUCGCUCCUUCGUUGUUAACAGCGACGACUCCUUCCGGUAACAUCACUGCUUCACUUGAAAAAGCUGGAUGUAAGACGUUUUCACAUCUCAUUUCCUCGACCGGCGUGCUAAAGGUGUUUGAAUCGGCGGCGGCGAAUGGAUUGACGAUCUUCGCUCCAAAUGAUAAGGCGUUUACAGAUCCGGGAGUUCCUGAUUUAACUAAGUUAACGAAUGCAGAACAGGUUUCAUUGUUACAGUAUCAUGCUCUAGCAAGUUACAAACCUAUUGGAUCAUUGAAAACGAUGAAGGAUGCGAUUAGUACUUUAGCGACAAACGGUGUCGGAAAAUACGAUUUGACUGCUACAACCGCCGGCGAUGAAGUUACAUUACACAGCGACGACGGGAAAAGUUCAUCAAGAGUAGCGAAUAAUGCUGUCGAUGCGCCUCCAUUGGUUAUCUUCACUGUUGAUAAUGUUCUUCUUCCAAGUGAGCUUUUUGGUAAACCUCCUAGUCCGGCGCCUGCGCCGGAGCCUGUAACAUCAACUCCGGGACCGGCACCGGGACCGGAAAAGGAUGCUCCUAGUCCUGCGCCUGUUUCGAAAGCUCCUUCUCCAUCUCCAUUUUCGUCACCGCCAGCGCCUCCGACUGACUCGCCUGAGUUAUCGCCGGUGGAAGGACCGGCACCGGCGGAUUCUGCGAGAAGUACUACUUCUGAUAAGGCGAACGGUAACUUGAUUAAACCGGCGGUUAUGAUGGCUGUUUUAACGGCCGUUAUAAUGUCUGUUUUGUUGUGGUAGAAUGGUCAGUUUGAUGUUAUUUAUUUACUGUUACUUUUGUCUUCGGUUUUUUUUUUUUUUUACUUUUUUACUUUCUUGAGUUCCGGUCGGGUCUAGUCUUUGCUUUUAUUUAUAUGAAUAUAAUUGUAGGGUUUGUUUGUU